AUGAGAAAAGAAAUGUUCACAGAUUAUCCAUCUGGAACAUGCCCCCGGAUGCGAACCAAGUCGCAAACCAACACCCCAGAUGUGAGCCAACCCCAGAUGCGAACCACCCCAGAUGCGAGCCACCCCAGAUGCGAAGCAAUCCUCAGAUUUGAGCCAACCCCAGAUGUAAACCAAGUCUAUCAAAUCAACAAAACCCCAGAUGCUGUUGGUGUGGAGACCAUUACAGUCUCUCACCCCUUUACUGCCCUUCGUCCCGAAGAACGUCGUGCAGGCCAGUACUCAAUCGUCAAUCCCGAAACGAGAGUACGCACCAACUGA